AGCGUAGGGACCGUCGGUAGUAUCGUGCUGUCUGCCGUGCGGGUCGGAUGCGAAGAACGCGACGCGAGAAUCCCGAUCUCGUUUCAUCCCCAUCAUCAAGCCAUCCUUACCCGACGAAACGUCAGCGACGUUGAGUAGCGCGCGCGUUCCUUUUCUCUCUCUCUCUCUCUCUCUCUCUUUCUCUCUCUCUCCCUCUCUCUUCUUCUCUCGAUUCGAGUGAAUUCGGUCACGAUCCGGGUUACACGGAAGAGUCUAAUCGUGCCGCGGAAGGGACGUCGCGCUCGCGCUCGUCAGAUUACAAUCCCCGAGACGACCGAUCGCAUAUCGCGCGGGUAGAUAUACAUGUCGUGAUGCCGCGGGGUGAGCGACGCGCGCCGCCGAGAGGACUCGCGGCCGUGGGUGCUUCGAUCUCGUCCUGACGAUACCAUCGCCUCGUGCGUCAAGUGGACAUACUAUAGUGGUGCGUUCGGUAAUGUUGGUGUGAGUGCGAAAAAGAGCGCGACGACGGGGGCGGUGGUGUGUAUUGUCGUGUAUCGCGAAUGGAUCGGGGAUAUAUCUUUAAAGAUUGCGUACGGCUCGUGAUUCUAAAGAAAGAGAAACGAGCGACGGCGCGCGAGAACCCAUACUCUUUCCUUCUCGAGCGCCGAGAGUGAGUGCUGUGUAACACGUGUGACAGUUGACCCCGCGCCGAUCAUACGUAUUCUUCGGCCGUUAAAGGAUAAAGGGUGGAUGCAGGAGGUGCUUGUUUGUUUGUGCGCGGGAUAUUAUACAUACAUAACGUACGUACACACGCCAGUGGUUCUCCCUCUUUGGUUACCUGGCCAAUUCAUCCACGAGGGAUAUGUCGGUAUAGUGCUUUGAGAGCUCUAUGGGAAUCGGAGCUACGAUGGCCGGAUACUCCAGUGCGCUCAAUACGGAUUUCGCUCCGGAAUCAGCGCGGAGGAUGCGACGAUCGGCGAUCGAUGCUAUCGGGGAUGCCAGAGAAUCCGCCGGAUGCACGAUAACGAGAUUAUCAGCGAGUUUCCCACAUCCGCCCAUCGGUACGAAGCCAUUCUGCAAAACAAACAGGAACGCGAGCAGAAAAGUCGGGCGGAGAACAGCACCGUUAAUAAUUUGCCUCUCGCUGCUGAUGACAAUGGAAGCAAAGACAGUGGCAGCUACGAAUGUGACAAACGCGUCAUCGCUAGCGGUAUCGACGCAGAAGCCGUUUACAACGACGGAAGUAGUUUAUCAACGAUUCGCCAUAGAGCCGAUGGAUCAAACCGCGGUGAUUGGCAGUAGGGUGACGCUUCCAUGCCGGGUACUCGAUCAGAAGGGGCCCAUUCAAUGGACCAAGGACGACUUUGGUCUGGGAGCAGUUAGGAAUCUCACCGGAUACGAGCGAUACGCCAUGAUCGGCAGCGACGAAGAAGGCGAUUUUUCGCUACACAUAUACCCGGUGGAACUCGAGGACGAUGGCACGUAUCAAUGUCAGGCAUCGCCGACAAACGACGGACAGCCGGCUUUACGAUCGAGAUUUGCCAGACUGAGCGUGCUCGUGCCGCCGCAAAAGCCGAAGAUCCUGCAAGGCGACUUUCUCGUCACCACCGAGGAUCGCGAGCUGGUGAUCGAGUGCAUAAGCGUCGCCGGAAAACCGCCGGCGGAGAUCACGUGGAUCGAUGGACUGGGCAACGUGCUACAUCGCGGCAUCAAAACCUCAAAGGAACCCUUCGAUAACGGUCCGCUCUACACGGUAAAGUCCACCCUGAGAGUGAUGCCGCGAAAGGAUCACGACAACACGACCUUCACGUGCCAAAGUCAAAAUGCGGCGGAUCGUUCGCCGCAAAGCGCCAAACUACGCGUCGAGGUACGUUACGCACCGAAGGUAUCCCUCUCGAAGAUCGAUCGCAUCGUCGAAGGCUCCGAGCUUAGGUUCAAAUGUUGUGCCGAGGCCAAUCCACCUGACGUGGAAUACAGGUGGUUUAUCAACAAGAAAAAGGUGAUUGGCGAUUACACCACGGAGAUGGUGAUUCACAACGCUACUCGCGACCUGCACGACGCGACCGUAAAAUGCGAGGUUUCUAACGACGUUGGUAAAAGCGAGGAGAGCCAAACCUUAGAUAUAAGAUACGGUCCGCAGUUUCGGCACCCGCCCGUAUCCGUGGAUACGCAUUACGGCGCCACCGAGAUCCUGCAGUGCGACGUAGACGGGAAUCCGACGCCGGAGAUCCUCUGGUACCACGAGGACUCGGAGCGAACGGUUGCCACCAGUCCCAACAUAAGCGUCUUCGUGGGCCCGGACACCGCCGGGCGUUACUAUUGCAAGGCCCGGGUGCCCGGCUUCCCGGAAUUGACAGGCCACGCCAACAUCUAUAUUCGCGCCCCGCCGAGCAUCGUGUCGCAGAGGAUCCAGUACGUUCCCGACGAGGGAGUGGUCAAGGUUAAGUGCACCGCGAUAUCUGUGCCAAAAGCGGAAUCGGUGGUGUGGAGUUUCGCCGGUCGCGAGCUCAAUUUCACGUCGAACAAUACGCCGUUCUACGUGCAAGAGGAAUACACGGGCGAGAGGAUAGUCAGUACUGUCACCCUGCUGGAUCCCAUAUCGACGUACUUCGGGGAUUACAACUGCACGGUCACAAACAGCUUCGGCACGGAUUCCGUCAUCAUCAAGCUGACAGCGCACACGUUGAUUCCAGUCGAUUGGCAAUUGAUCUUGAUCAUCGUUGGACUGGUUGUCUGCCUGAUCCUGAUUGGCAUAAUAGUCAUACUCAUUCUACAAUGUCGCGAUCGUAUUAAGCAGCCACGGCCGCGGACAGCGCAGAAUCAAGAGACUGAUAUGCAGGAAACCGAUUCUAAUGCCGAUCGAUACAGAGAAAGCGAUAGGAGCAGUAAUCUCUCGGAUGUCAAAGCGGAUAUCCGAGCAGGAUCCAGCGUCAGCAAUGCGGAGAGUGUCACAGCUCUUGACAGUGAAGGCGAAGGAAGUACCAGAGGGGUGAAUGCCUUGGCACUUGCUGGGCCAGUUCCGAAUCCUUUAUCCGGUUAUCGUUACAGCGCCGAUUACACUGAGCCCUCCUUCCCUCCGAAGAAUAACGAUGGUAGUAACAACAACGGUUACGUGCCAUACGUUGACUAUACUCGCGACUAUAUGCCACCGACGACACAGAGUGUAGGCGCCUCGCGAGAAUCCUUGAGCAGGAUACCAUCGAGCGGCAUUUUGUCAUCGAAAAAAAUCGGACUCAGCUCGGCCAAUCUUGGCACCUCGACUCCGCAAACAACACCGAUCGAUCCGCGAUUUUCCGCGACAUAUGGCAAUCCCUACCUCAGAAUGUCAGCGGCCGAGCAGCUCCGACACGCGCCGCACACAGCCGUGCCGGGAGUCACGCCGGCACCGCCACCGUACACGCAGGCAAUGAGAAUGAAUAGCUUGAAUACCUUGAACGGCGCUGGCCCGCAGGCCCCAUUGUCAGCGCAUUACAUCACCGGCGGUCCAAACGGCGCCAUGGCGACGGUGAAGCGCACAUCCGCGGUGGGUACGUUAGCGACGCACGUAUGAGGCCAGGGGAUUUAUCCGAAUUAGAAC